UUGUAAUAAUACGAAAGGAUAUAAAAACAGAGAUCUUAUAUGUAGCACGUAUAUUCUAAAAAGAGAUAGUAAUUUAACCAUAAUUUCUUGCUAAACAAUCAUUUUCAACAAUGAAAUUUAUAGCGGUAUUUCUUUUAGUUGCUGUAUUGGCCCAAAAUUCAUUGCAAGAAGAAGAAGAUGCACUUAUUCCAUUCCCGAAGUGCCAUGGAGAGAAUGAGCAGGCACAACCAGGAUGUGCACCAUGUUGUCCUGAGCAAGAAGUGAGCUGUCAAAACAAAGUGCCCAGGGCUUGCCCCAGCCCAAUAUGUCCAUAUAGUUGUGAACUGAAAUGUUAUUGUACUGAAGGAUAUCUCCGGGACAAUGUGUCUGGAAAAUGUGUCAAAAACUGUUAAACCCUAUUUAAAAAUUACUUACUUGUAAAUGAAUAUUGCGUUUUAUCUUAUGUUAAUAAUUUAGUUAUUAAAUUUUUUUCAUCUGAUUGAUACAUUUAUUUUAAACAGACAUUUUCUAGCCUCCUCUUUAAAUUAUUUUAUAUCAACGUUACCAGAAUCUUCUUUUAAAAUUAAGAGUAAUUUAAAGAUCGAAGAACAGUCAAGAGAACUCAGCGGGAUUCGUAGAGAGCAGAAAUAAUAUAGAGAAGAAAUAAGAGAGCUAAGACAGGAGAAUAUAACAUUAAGAGAAGAAAACGAAAAACUAAAGUAGGCAGUUUAACAAAUAGAAGAACGGCUUGAAAGUUUGGAAAAUCAAAAAAGGCGAAAAAAUAUAAUUAUACAGGGAUUGAACAUAGAUACAAAUGGCCCAGAUAUCCUAAAGCAUGCAAUGAAAAAUUUUAUGCAGACAGAAUUAGAAGUAGAUGUACAAAUAGAGAAGGCUCUGAAGUUAGGAGAAAACGUUUGUUUGGUUGAGCUUGAAAAGGAAGAACAUAAAAGAAAAAUCAUGCGAAACAAAAGCAAAUUGAAAAAUCGAGAAGAAGGUCUAGUUUAUAUCAACGAUUACCUAUCGAAGAACGACAGAAUUGUACAGAAACAUGUCAGACAAAAAGCGCAAGAACUAAGAAAGGAAAAGAGAAAAGUGAAAGUAGGGUAUAAGGAAAUAUAUGCCGACCAUGAAAUAUGGCGUUGGGAUGGCAUGAACCAAACGUUGGUGGUAAAAACCAACGCAAAAACUAAGCAACAGCAGUAAAAGGAAACAAAUGACGACGAACAAUGCAAAGAAGAGGAUUACGAACUAUGAAAAUAAAACAAAUCAAGACAGAGAUAAAAAAGAAAAGCCGAAAAAUGGCAAGAUACAGUUAGCAACAGAGAUAAAUGAAACGGAAACGACUCAGGCAUUGGACAAGGCAAUAAGUAAAAAUAACAACAAAAAGAAAACUAAAGUAAACUUGGGUACAUGAAAUGUAAGAGGCACA